UGACUGUCAGUUAUUCUGGAUGUUUUGGGCUAACGAAAAAACCUAGGGAAUUCACCUAUUUAAGUGCAUUCAUGUUUCUGGCGCAAGGGGACGACAAAGGUGAACUCCGUACAAGGGGCUAUCUUCUAUUCGCAACGUCCAUUACCUGCGCCGGAAGUUGGAUUUGUAAACGCUGAUGUGUUACUUUCAAUGAGAUCUCGUUAACUUCAAGACCGUUGUAGGUGAAGCAGUUAACUUAAAUUUAUACUACACAAGUCGAUGUCAAAGACUAUCUGCUACACUUACGUGAAGGGAAUCCAAGUAGUGUCGAGCGAAUGGCGCCCAAAGGUAAAGUUGGCACUAAAGGCAAAAAGCAAAUCUUUGAAGAAAAUGAUGCGACGCUCAAGUUCUACACCAGAGUAAUAUUGGGAGCAAACGCGAUAUACAUUGCCAUAAACCUCGUCGUUUUCUACAGUUCUUCAACAUUUUGGACAUGGUUUGCCCUGUUGUUUGCCUUGGGGGUGUAUGGGGGCAGUUACCGCUCCAUGACAGCCAUGGCCAAGGCAACAUUUGGUGAGGAUGGGAGUCUGCUGGAUGGAGGAAUAGAUCUAAAUAUGGAGCAGGGGAUGGCUGAGCAUCUGAAGGAUGUCAUCCUGCUAACUGCCAUAGUACAAGUGCUAAGUGCCAUCUCCUCCUACUUCUGGUACCUCUGGUUGCUGGCUCCUGCCCGUGCAAUGUUCCUGCUGUGGGUGAACUUCCUAGGCCCCUGGUUUUCGGCCGAAGCCCCUGGCAGCACCCCAGAAGAAGCCAACGAAAAGAAGCAGCGACGACAGGAGCGCAGGCAGAUGAAGAGAUUCUAACUGCGGGAUCGACAUUGCGGUAUUUUUAUACAUGGAAUUAAUCUAAAUAGUUGAGAACUCUCUACUUAAGUUAUUCAGAAGGAACUUUUGAUGUAUGCUGAAAGACGUCCAGACAUGGAUAAGGAACCAGGAACCCUGUGGGAAAUCUGGUUGUCCUUUUUCCCUCCAUCCCUACUAUUCUUUCUGCCCAUCUGGAGAGGAAAUUGUUCUAGUGCUGAUGACUUCUCAAAUAUAUGGCCUGUAAUUUUGGUUUUGCACAACAUUUUUCAUCAUAUUGUAUCCAUUUCAUCCGAUUAAGUAAAGUAUUUGAUGAUA